UUUCCGUCGAUACAACGUCUUCAUCCACACCAGAAAACUUGCAAGAGAAGAAUUAGGAAGGGAGAAAUGGAAACGGAUAUAACAAGGAUUCUGCCCGAAGAGUGCAUCGCCAACAUCAUCUCCAACACAAGUCCUCGCGAUGCAUGUAGAUUGUCGCUGGUUUCUCGAGCCUUCAAAACAGCUGCGGCUUCCAAUCUCGUGUGGGAGAGGUUUCUGCCACCGGAUUAUCAUAACAUCAUUUCCCCAUCAGUUUCGUCAGAGGCGGCGUCAUCGUCGUCGUCAUCAUCAUCCUUGAAUAUGUUGCCCAAGAAGGAUCUUUAUUUCCAUCUUUGCAACAAUCCUACCCUCAUCGGCAACGGCAACAGGACUUUUGCAAUAAACAAGUGGAGUGGGAAAAAAUGUUAUAUGCUGGGAGCGAGGGAGUUAUCCAUAUCAUGGGGAGAUACUGAAUAUUACUGGCAAUGGAUUUCUUCAGCUGAUCAGUGGCCAGAUUUACCCAAGUCCAGAUUCUCAGAGGUUGCUCAUCUUUGGCUUGUGUGGUGGCUUGAGAUAAGAGGCAGUGUCGAGACUAAAAUCCUAUCCCCAAAUACAACUUAUGGCGCCUACUUUAUUUACACCAUUGCACCGAUGCCCAAAAACAGUAUGCACUACCGUGCGAUCACAAGUCCCCUUGGGCUUUCCCACCCAGUGAAGGUGUCUCUUAGCAUUGAAAACGAGAUUGAAGGUGAAACUACGAAUAUUGCUUAUCUGCAACCAAGAACAUCGAGAGACAGACCUCCUGGACAUGAUGAUGGACGGCUUCCAUGCAAGAGAGAGGACAUGUGGAUGGAGAUUGAGAUUGGGGAGUUCUUCAAUGGAGAUGAGAAUAACGUGUUACAGAUGCACUUGUGGGAGACUGAAGCCGGUCAAUGUAAAUCUGGCCUUGUUGUCCAUGGCAUUGAGCUUCGGCCAAAAGAAGGAAAAAAUUAUUAGUAGAAUUAAUUUAUUUUGUUAUGGAUUCCUAAUUCUUCCUUUUUAUUAUCAGAAUCUUGAAGUUGGUAACUGGAAGUUUUGCAUGCAUGAAUUAAACAUUUUAAUUUAUUGCUCAAUUGAUUUGAUGAUUCGAAUCUUUCAUUCAA